AAACGAAUACGGCGGCAUGUUCGUUUCUGUGUUUACGUUUGAAGUGGUGUAAGCAUCGUCAUGAGCGAAGAAACGGAAGAAGAGAAACGUCCGCAAUUAUCUCAUCAAGAAGCCUUAAGUAUGGUAGAAAAGGGAAUUUCUCGCAUAAUAGCGACGGAUCCUUUGUUGGCCGAUCUUCCGGACGGAGUGACGUUGGAAGAGUUAAAUUCGCUCUUGGCCUUGGAACAAGGACGGGCCAUGACUUUGUUUGUGAAAAGAGCAGACGGACUCGUCUACGAUAUAAUUAUUGAACAGAAAGCAAAUGUUUUAGACUUGAAGAAAGCCAUUCGGAGAUACGUGACUACUAAAUUGGAACGAGAAGGAAAGAAGCGCACGAUUAGCUGGAGAUACGUGUGGAGGACUUACUGGUUAUAUUUCGAAGGACAGAAAUUAAUGAACGAUCAUUAUUUAUUGAAAGAUUACGGAAUUGGCAAUAAUUCAGAAAUUACUUUUAUUAAACGACUCAGAGUUAAAUGAAUCUUUCGAUUCUGGUUAAUUGUUUUGAUUGAUUUUUUCAUAUAAUGUAUCUCACCACAGGUUUUAAUUGCUGAAAAUAUGUAAUAUUCAGAUCAGUUAAUGACCUUUGUCUUAGCAGAGAUUUGUCAUAUUUUUUUGUACAUAUUAAAGUAUGGCAGUAUUGUCACAGAAGUUACAUUGAUUUAUAUGUUAAAAAUACAUUAAAAAAUACAUUAUCAGAAUCAAAUGUUGAUAGAUCAGAAUGGAAUUACUGCAUUUCAGAAUAUCAGACUGACUUAGUUAAUGCAUAGGGUUGAUUAGGCAGAGGAUCCCUAGCUAUUGUUUACAUCCAUCUUGACGGUUUGGUGUUAUUUCCAUUACAUUUAGCAUUGUAUAGCUUAUAUGUCUUAUCAUAUGUUAUAUAAAGUUACAGUAGACAGUCAUGUUAUUAAACUACUUCAUCCUAGUAAUAUGUUAUAUUGAGGAUCAACUCUACUUAAAAGUAUUCAUUUUAUUGUUUUAUAAUUUUAAAUAAUUUUUCAAGGAUGAUUAUCCAGUGACGGAAGUUGCUACAGAAGGUCAUGAGU